AUCUCUUCGCCCAUUAUGAGGCCAAUGCGUGGCUCCCGUAUCGAUGUCUUUUACGGAACUGCAAGCGAACCCCAGCUUCCCUCACUCAGCUCUCUGGAUAGCGCGUUCCAGCUGCAAGAAUAUAUCUCGUUAGUUAUUAGGAAGGACGUUCAUGAUGUUGACCGGAUUAUCAGUAUCCCCAGCAUACCAGGCAAAGAAGAUGGGAAGGGAGUAGAUGAAAAUUGUUGGAUUUAUGAACAGUUAAGACGACUAGCACAAGACCUCACACACCCGCUGAUUACUGCUUUACAAGUGGAGUGUACGCGACAGACAUGUCCGGAAAUGAAAGCUGGCGAAUGGCUGUAUCUUUGUGUCGCUCAUGGCAAUGAUGGCGGUCCUGGCGGCGGAAUGAUGAUGGAGCAAUGUUGCGCCAUAGAUUACAUCCUCCAUACAAUUGACUCUGCCACCGCUCUUUUGAAUUCUCCUCGUGCUUUUCCUUCUAGACUAUCCAUUCCCGUCCCCAGUGUACGCCAUUUCUCCAGUUUGGCACGGAGACUAGGCAGGGUUUUCGCCCACGCCUAUUUCCAUCAUCGAGAUUUGUUUGAGCAGGCGGAGGCGGAGAGUAGUCUGUACAGAAGGUUUGAGGAGAUGGUCGGUAGAUGGGGAUUGGUGCCUAGGGAGUUUCUGGUCAUCCCGAGUUUGGGUAAGGAAAAUGACCUGAGCAAAUUGGAUGAUGAUUCAAGGAAGAGGGAGGAGCCCAGGUUGGAGGCUGCUGCCGUCAAGCCUGUCAGUAUUCUUCUGGACAACAGUGCUGUCGGCACAGGACCAACUGUCAAUCGUAUAACUCCUCCUUUGGAAGCGGGAGCCGGAGGGGACUUUUCUCGCUCCAAAUCGAGUAGUCCCGGUAAUACUUCUGGGAAGAAGUUUGGUAGGAAUAGAACGGGUACGAUGGUGUUUAGUGAGGCGAGUGCGCUCGUGGAUGAACUAAGC